AUGAAUGCCCAUUUAAACAUUUAUCAACAUGAUCUUGAACAUGAGCCGUAUCCUGAUAACAUCCUAUAUAUCUUUGGCUUAAGGGAAUCAGGCAUGCUUCCAAGAUGCCAUCCCGCUCUGGUGGCUUUUGAUGCCGUCGGAUCCACUCAAUUGAGAUGUUGCGUUACAACAUACAAGAAUGCUUCGCCUAUAUAUCACUAUAGAUACUACUUUAACGCUCCAAAUGUCACAGUCUUGAUAUACUUUAAUGGAUGGCAACCUUUGUAUGACCUUUUCUUUAAUAAUCAAGUUGGUGAUCCAAAAGAUUUACCUGGGAACCCAGAAAACCAAAAAAUGUAUAGUUUUUUAAUCUUAGAGCGCGAACGCUUUGCUUCUGCUUUUGUAGCAUUUCGAGAACUUCAUUCGAGUCUUCCAGUACUCAUCGCAGUAAACAAACGUAGCAAAAGCACCAAUCUUAGCAACGAUGAGGUUCUCGAUUUUUUGGACGUCCAGCAACGUCAAAACGUUAGUGUCGUUGACGUUGAUCUAGAUGCCGAAAAGAACGUGAUUCAGUGGGCUUCUUCGCUUUUCCCCAAAAGUACAUCUUUCAAAAAUGAGGCCGAAGUCAAACUUCCGGCUGAUCUAUCGCAUAUAUGCGUGUUUUUAGCAACGCCUGCACGACAGGAAUCCUCUUACAGUCCUUUUGACGUGGACUGCGAGAUGGUACACGUUGACAACCUAGCUUACUUUGCCCGAGCUCAAGAUUCCGCGCUUCCUUUAUCAGAACCGCACAAAUUUGUAAAAAUUGCUAGGAGACGGACUUAUGGAAGUGAGAAGGAGAUUAUUGAUAACUCAUUCGUCGACCUAGAUCUAAAUAGACUUUAUAAAGAAUUCGACGAGUAUGAUCGUUAUAAAAAGGCUUCGAUAAUGUGA